AUUCAGCUGCGCACGGCCACAAAAGAGAACCGCUCUCUCCGUGCCUGUACACACGCAUAUUGCAUUCGUUCAUUCUGUACACUGAAACCAUAUGGAUACAGAAUAGCAGAUCUAAGAUCCAGAUUCCAGGAAAUUAUCUUCCGGAAUUCGUUCGUUGAUCUGACAGUGUGAAAAAUCUUGUCGAUACAAUAUUGUUUACAGAAAUAGUAAUGUCAAGGAGGCACACAAGUACCUCGCGGCGUUAUGUUGGCAGCGGUCAGUUUGGGGGAGCAUUUCAUCCCAAAUCGCGCAUUUCUCCUUUGUUAUCUGCUGUCCUCAUCAUUCUGGGGGCGAUUAUUUUAAUAGGCCAUUUUUAUGGUGGCUCAGGUAUAUUUGGAGGCCAGAAAGUAGAAAUAAGUAAGGUUGAAGGUGAAUUCUCUUGCACAUCAGAAGUUCUGAGAGCAAUACCUGUUCUUAAGAAAGCAUAUGGUGACAACAUGCGCAAAGUUCUACAUGUGGGCCCUGAUACUUGUUCGGUGGUCUCUAAAUUGUUAAGAGAGCAGGAAACUGAAGCAUGGGGGGUGGAACCCUAUGACAUUGAGGAUGCUGAGGAAAGCUGCAAAACUCUUGUGCGCAAAGGCAUUGUACGUGAAGCUGACAUAAAGUUUCCUCUUUCAUACAGGCCAAAGUCAUUUUCCCAUGUCAUUGUGUCAGAUGCAUUGGAUUACCUCUCACCUAAGUACCUGAACAAGACUUUUCCAGAUUUGGCAAGAGUGGCCGCCGAUGGGAUUAUUAUUUUUACAGGUUACCCUGGUAAACAGAGAGCUAAAGUUGGAGAAUCGUCCAAAUUUGGACGUCCGGCAAAAAUGCGAAGCUCUUCUUGGUGGAUGCGUUUCUUUGUCCAGACCAGCUUAGAAGUAAAUGAGGCUGCAGCUAACAAGUUCGAGCAAGCUGCAACCAAGAUGUCAUUCAAGCCUAGCUGCCAAGUGUUUCACCUGAAUGCCUAUCAUUAAUAUCAAAAUAGUAUGAAGAUCUCUUUAUGUUCCCUCUUCUUUUCAUUUGGGAAGGGCUCACUGGAUAAAGGAAGGAACACUCGUCUGGAUCCAAUGGUCACAACAUUGGCAGAGAGAGAACAACUUUAUUGCACUGCUGGUAAAAGAUUUCAUUUAUGUUUGUGCUAUAAAAAUGAACAUUUACAAUCUUUUUGCAGUAUCAACAGGGGGAAUGGUCUCGGCCUUUUCAAAUUAAAAGAAUUAUACAUUUCAUUUUUUUA